AUGAACGACGCCGCAGAUCGCCGGCUUUCCCCUUCAGGGGGGCCCAAGAAGGCAGUGGCGGAUCCUCUUGGCUUACCUGACGCCGCUGGCGUUGGCGGUGUUUCUUUUGAGGAAAAUGCAAGUAGACGUUCUUCUUAUGAUUCAAAUUCUUCUUCUUCUUCAUAUUCAUAUUCUUUUUCCAGCAAAAAGAGAAGGGGUCUUCCUGCUAGUACUUUCUAUCUCCCUAUAUUGGCUCUUUGCCUCCUCAUGGCUAUCAGCUGUUUCUGGCGUUCUUAUAACGUUCUUCUCCUUCUGAGUCAGCAGCAACCCCAGCAGCAGCAGCAGCAGCAGCAACAGCAACAGCAGCAGCAGCAGCAGCAGGAGGAGGAGGAGGAAGCUAUCAUGCUCCUUUGGUUGGAUAUAAUAUAUUACAAACAGCAAUACUAG